AAUGGCGCCAUUGCUGAGAACCCCACUUCUCGCUUUUCUUUCCUCGGGUCACUCACAACUCUCAGUCCUCAAACACAACAAAAUAUCCCCCGCAGUGCUCUAGGACCUUCGAGGACACGAUACUGUGGUCUUCGCUGCACUUUUGAUAUUUACCGAGCUGAUUUCUUGAAGGCUCACGACAGCCCGUCCAGCCGGUCUUCCGCAAACUCACAGCUCGACAUCGCAAGUCAGAAUGGCAAGUACAUUCAUAUGUUUGCCAGCAGCUCCCCAGUUGUUGUUUGAAUUAGGCAAGCCCCUGACCGGUCCAUCAGGUCCACGCCGACGCGUCCACCUUCGCCGAGGGUGUCACCAAGGAGGAAGCCUACCAGCAGGUGCUGGACCAGGCCGAGGGUCUGUUCUCUGGACAGAGGAACUGGGUAUGUGUGGUCCCCAUGUUCACCUCGCACUGUCUCCGUCGAGGGAUACGAGGUUGUCCCGUCUUCGGCUGGUUGCUGUCGAUGAGCCUGUCCUGUUCCUCUCAUUUUCUUAUCCGAGACAUUCUCAGAACGAGUCCGUAGUAACUAAUCCCCUGUUCUCCCAGGUUUGCAACCUCGCCAACGCCGCCUCCCUCCUCUGGCACGCCUACAAAUCACUCCCCUCGCCAAGCAACCAAGUAAACUGGGCAGGCUUCUACACGCGCGACCCUCUCUCCCCACCGUCGGCGCCGCAGCUCAUCCUGGGGCCCUUCCAGGGCAAGGUGGCGUGCCAGACGAUCGCGUUCGGGCGCGGGGUGUGCGGCACGGCGGCGGCGGCGGGCGCGACGCAGCUGGUGCGCGACGUGGCGCGGUUCCCGGGCCACAUCGCCUGCGACGCGGCCAGCCGCAGCGAGAUCGUCGUGCCGAUCGUCGCGGCCGGCCGCGGCGUGGUCGCCAUCAUCGACGUCGACUGCGCCGUCGAGGACGGGUUUGACGAGGUCGAUCGCGAGUGGCUGGAGAGGUUGGCCAAGCUGCUGGCGGAGGCGUGUGAUUGGCCUUGAGGGCGUUUUGAUGCUGGUGGUUUGACGGGGCGUUGUGUUGAUGGGGAUGUGGGAGGUUCGUAGGGGAGCGAGGGAAAGGGGCAAUGGGUAGUGAGAAACGGUUGAUUUCGAGGGCGGGGGACCCGGAAGGAGGACAUCGACCAUGCAGAGGCUGAAUC